UGGAUUUGUCAUGGUCAGCACUAUCUACGUUUGUCGACAUGGGCUGCGAGCCAAUCUUGAUCCGCCGCCUACCAAUAUCGACGGAGACGUGCCGUUGUCGGCUGCCGGCGAAGAGCAAGCCGCCGAAUUAAGUGCUCACCUGGUCAAAAUACAGCCUGCGAUCCAGAGAAUUUACUCUUCGCCCUUUUAUAGGUGUUUGCAGACAUGCUCGCCUACGAGCAAGCGGCUGGGCCUGCCAAUUCAUGUGGAAGCCGGUCUAGGCGAGUACUACUACCUCGAGCGGCCAACCCACCCGGUACCUGCUCAGGCCAGCGUGCUCAAAUCAUCAUUCCCUGAUAUCGACCUGAGCUAUAGCUCAAAGGUGCCGGUAUCUGAAGACGGUGAGAGCCGGGAGGCACUUCGUGAGCGUGUGCAAAAGGCAAUGGACACUCUGAUCGGCCAGACCUCGGAAGACGUUAUUCUUAUCGCCACGCAUGCUGCGAUCAAGAUCGAAAUCGGUCAUGUUCUAGCUAAUCUCGAAGUCAGGGCUGGCACCUGCUCUUUGGACCGCUACGAUUUGGACCCCGAGACUAACACAUGGGCGUGCGUCUACUCUGGCGAUACGUCAUUUUUGAAAAACGGCGAGCAGAUGCACUGGUCGUUUGAUAUGCAUGCUGAGGCUGGUUCGCUGGAGGACGAAAAGAGCCGCUCGAACGCUCGGGUCAAGCUGCUGGUCCCCCUUGACAUGUCGGGUCUGCCGGUGGCCCCGAAAACCGGCGACCUGGAAAUCGCCGAUCUGAAGGAGGAAACACCGCUAUUUAAAAUUGGACGCCAAGUCUACGAAGGCCAGUGGAGUCGCGUAGUUGGUACGGAGAUUUACACUGACCGCCAGGGCGACUAUAUCGGCAAGACCCGAGACCGCAUAACUCUGCAGCCCGUGCAAACCGACGUGCCCAAGAAGACCAAGCUAGCCGACCGGAUAAAAGAGAUUGACGAGCAGCGGGCCCGCGAUAGGAUGGAAUUAUGAUUUAGCUGUACAUGGCCCACCAACAAGCCUGAUAUAUAACGAUAGGAUGUGCAUUUAGUAGCCCUGGCGUUUUGCCCGCUUGACCAACUGGAAGAGACGGCGGACGCCGGCAUUGAACUCGCGGCGUUUCCGCUGGAUGCGGAUCCGCAGACGGGCCUUUCCUGGUCGCUCAGCGAACCUUUGCAAGUUGACGGUCUCCUUCAUUGCGUUGACCCGGUUCAUGGUGUUGACCUGGCGCACGGCGCGGUUGAGCAGCUCGGG